AUGAAAAUAGUGGCGUUGAUUAGUGGUGGCAAGGACAGCUGCUUCAAUAUGCUCCAUUGUGUAGCUAACGGUCAUGAAAUUGUGGCGUUGGCAAAUCUGAAGCCGCCGGAUAAUAAAGACAAAGAUGAACUUGAUAGUUACCUCUAUCAAACAGUUGGUCAUGACGCAAUACAGUACUACGCCGAUUGUAUGAACUUGCCGCUUUAUCGUCGUGAAAUACUUGGCGCUCCUUUAAUAAUCGAUUCCGAUUAUUGUUCAAUUACGAGUGGAGAUGAGACUGAGGAUUUAUAUGAACUGUUGAAUGAUAUUAAAGAAAAACAUAACGAUAUCCAAGGUGUAUCAGUCGGUGCUAUCCUUUCGAAUUAUCAGCGAGUUCGAGUUGAAAAUGUAUGUAAUCGUCUUGGAUUGAUCUCGUUGGCGUAUUUAUGGCGAAGAGACCAAAAAGAACUGUUAAAAGAAAUGAUUGAAGCCAGGGUCGAUGCUAUUUUGAUAAAAGUUGCCGCUAUUGGGUUGAAACCGUUGCAUCUUGGAAAAUCUAUUAGUGAGAUGUAUCAGCAUUUAUGCUAUUUGAAUGAAAAAUAUGAUGUCCAUGUGUGCGGUGAAGGUGGUGAAUAUGAGACGUUUACAUUGAAUUGUCCUUUAUUCUCGAAAAGAAUUGUUGUAGAGGAGACCGAAACAAUCAUUCACUCAGAUGACGCAUACGCCCCUGUUGCGUAUCUUCGGCUGAAAAAAGUUUCUUUACAAGAGAAACAAGAGGAACAACAAUCACCUUCUGCGUCAUCAUUGGAAACUAUGCAUCAAAGCCCUUCAUCAUUGAAUAUAAUUGAAAAUCCAUCGUGGAAAAAAGAAAUUGGAAACAUGGUGGAUUUGCUGGAAAACUUUGCUUCUUCGAUAGAUAUCAAUCUUAAUAAUGACAACAAUAAUGAUAAAAUCGGAAUAUCGAAUCAUAUUGUGGAUUUUUCGAAGGAUGAAUCGUCGCCAAUUGUAGCAGACUACAAUUUUUGUACACACAAAAACGCACCAUACUACUCAAUAUCAGGGACAACAUAUUACGACGGUUCCGUGGUUUCCGAUGAUUCUAAUAGCGAUAAUAGAACUCAUGACAUGACAAUCGAGGAGGAAACUCGUCAUUGUAUGCUCAAAUUACAAGACCGAUUAUCCAAAAUGGGAUUAAAUUGGUCCGACGUUGUCUCCAUGAAUUUAUACAUCACGAAAAUGAGUGAUUUUUCACGCGUGAACUCGGUGUACAAGUCUUUUUUUGCGGUGAAUCCUCCUACUAGAGCAUGCGUUGGCGCUAAUUUGCGACCACCGGCGAACGUCCAAAUAGACCUAACAGCAAUAAAAUCCGCAAAUGCUACCUCUAGACAAGUGAUGCAUGUGCAAAGCCUUUCAUACUGGGCUCCAGCAAAUAUCGGGCCAUAUUCUCAAGCUAUAAUCACCCACAACCACGUAUAUAUAGCUGGACAAAUCGGUCUAAUUCCAUCAUCACUGGAACUUCCAUCCCUUAAUGAUUUCAAAGUAAAAACCACAAUAACCAAAAACGAACACAUUUCGUUGUUAACUUAUGAAAUUGGAUUGUCACUUCGAAAUCUUGAAAAGGUCAGUAGAGCACUCGACGAGGAUGUGAGACGAAAUACACUACUUUGUAUAUGUUAUGUUGACGACGAGGGUGCUUUUCCAUUGGUGGAAAAAGCUUGGAAAUUUUUUUGUGAUGGGGUUGAUCUCUGUCGUCGAAAGCGAGAAUUAGAAUAUACCGAAGAUGGCGAUGGUAAAGAGAGAGAGGAACAAAUUGUAAAGGAUGACAAAGAUGAAUUUAACAAUACAAACACAACAAAAAAUACAGCUCUUGUACUUUAUAUACAAGUUCCCUCACUACCACGCAAUGCAAAAGUUGAAUGGCAUGUGCUAUUACGAUCAUCAUCCUUUUCAGAUACUAAUCCAGAACAAGUAGAAAAACAUCAGUUUCAUAAUGACGAACAUGGAUCCAAAACCAACGAGCAAACUUUAUGGCAAAAUGUUUUGACCUAUAAUGACGAGGAAACGACAACAACAAUCUCAAUUGCUUCACGAUUUUCGAAACCUGUUUUAUCAAGUGUUUUUACUGUGAGAGUAUCUGGCAAUAAAAAAACGACUGCUGCUGCUACCAAUGAUUCGUCAGAUUAUAGAACCACCAUCCCCAUUUCAUCAGUAAUGAAAAACCUGGUAUCAUCUAUUUCCGAUGAAAUUCAUAAUCUUCAAAAUCACCAAACUGCUUGUCCCAGCCAGCCAUGGACAAAAGUUACUUCAAUUCGAGUCUUCUAUUCAGAAAAGCUGCUGAUUGCCGCUGGACAUGGCGUAGUAGUGAUUUUAGAAAGAGUUCUGAAAAGGGAACUAACCAACCAAAUCACCAAAGACAAAAGGCAAGAGAGCAUUUCCAAUCUGAACCCCAAUCCCAACCCUACUUCUGAAUUUCAUUUAGAUCCUGUGCCAGCAGUCACGUUAAUUCCAGUAAUGGGAAUAAUGAAUGAUUCUAUACUAGGUGUAAGCUUGCACGCUGUUUUUUGA